CCCACCUUCAUUUCGUCCACGUCAGCAUCUCCUUCCCCAAUAUCUAGCUCCUCCGCCUCCUCCCCAAUCCUCCAAACCCUCAGUUGCUCAAAUCCUCCAAACCCUCACUUGCUCAGAUGCCUCCUUCCGCUUCCGCUUCUGCUUCCUCCUCCUGAAGUCAUUCACACAUAAUAUACAUCAUGGACGAUGCUGCCCAGCCGCCUCUCUGCACCUGGGAACACUACAUUCACAAGAAGAUUAUCAGGGUCCUGCUGGUCGAGACCGAUGACUCCACAAGGCAGAUCGUCACUGCCCUGCUUCGUCACUGCAUGUACCAAGUUAUUCCUGCUGAAAAUGGUGACCAAGCAUGGGCACGUCUCCAAGAUAUGCAAGACAACAUCGACCUUGUGUUGUCCGAGGUUGUUAUGCCUGGUCUCUCUGGAAUUUCUCUGCUCGAAAAAAUCAUGGCACACAAUGUUUGCAAGGAUAUUCCAGUCAUCAUGAUGUCUUCAAACGAUGCUAUGGGCACAGUUUUCAAAUGUUUGUCAACAGGUGCUGUCGACUUCUUAGUCAAGCCUAUACGUAAGAACGAACUUAAGAACCUUUGGCAGCAUGUAUGGAGACGGUGCCACAGCUCCAGUGGCAGUGGCAGUGGCAGUGGAAGUGAAAGUGGCAUUCAGACGCAAAAGUGUACCAAAUCCAAAAGUGCCAAUGAAUCCGAUAACAACAGUGGCAGCAAUGAUCGCAACGACGAUAUCAGCAUGGGACUUAAUGCAAGGGAUGGCAGCGAUAAUGGCAGUGGCACCCAAAGCUCAUGGACAAAGCUUGGUGUGGAGAUUGACAGCCCACAGGAUAUGUCUCCAGAUCAUUCAGCCGACCCACCUGAUAGCACUUGUGCGCAUGUGAUCCACCCGAAGUCAGAGAUAUGCAGCAAUAGAUGGUUACCAGGUACAAACAACAAAAAAUGCAAGAAACAAAAGGAAAAUAAUGAUGAAAUCAAAGGGAAGGACAUGGAAAAAGGUGCCCCCAGUAACUUGAACGCAGAUGAUCAAUCUUCCCCGAAUGAGAGGUCCAUCAAACCAACAGAUGGAUGGUGUGAGUAUCCGCCCUCACAGAACAAUUCGAAGGAGACAAUGAUGGAAAAUUUGGAAGAGCCAAUUGUUCUAGCUGCUGACCUAAUUGGUUCAAUGGCCAAAAACAUGGACGCCCAGCAGGCAGCAAGAGCCACAGAUGCUUCUAAUAGCUCCUCCAAAGUGCCGGAAGGCAAAGAUACGGAUGGUGACAACGCUAUGCCGUCGCUUGAGUUGAGCUUGAAGAGGCCGAGAUCAACCGGAGAUGGUGGAAAUGUAGUCCAAGAGGAACCAAGGAAUGUACUAAGGCGAUCGGAUCUGUCGGCAUUCACGAGGUACAAUACAUUUGCGGUUUCCAAUCAAGGCGGCACAGGAUUUGUGGGGAGCUGCUCGCCACAUGGUAACAGCUCAGAGGCAGUGAAAACGGACUGUACUUACAACGUGAAGUCAAGCUCAGAUGCUGCUCAGAUGAAGCAAGGUUCAAACGGUAGUAGCAACAACAAUGACAUGGGUUCCACUACGAAGGACGUUGUGACGAAGCCUGGUAGCAACAAGUUUUCAGCUAUCAAUGGUAGCACACACACAUCAGCAUUUCACCGUGUGCAGCAGUGGACACCGGCGGUGGCAGGGAAAGAUGGAGUGGGCAAGAAGAAUGCAGCAACAACAGCAGGGAAAGAUGACAAGGGUGGUGAAGCAGAGAGCAAGCAGCCUCCUCGUGCAGCCCAUGAUGAUCAAGAGAAUGGUGGAUCUGCAGAAGGUCUUCAGUCCAAUGUAACUGAUCCUUCAGCCCCACUUGAAGGUCAUGCUGCCAACUAUGGUAGCAACUCAGGCAGUAACAACAACAACAACAACAACAACAACGGAAGCACCGCUGCUGCUGUUGCAGCUUCUACUACCGCUGUAAAUGUGGAGGCUGGUGGCAUCGACAAAAGAAGCAGCAGCAUCAUGUACAUGAAACGGGAGCUUCGAGUGGCUGCAGUCACCAAAUUUAGAGAGAAGAGGAAAGAGCGAAACUUCGGGAAAAAGGUGCGGUAUCAGAGCAGAAAGAGGCUAGCCGAACAGCGCCCACGGGUUCGUGGGCAGUUCGUGCGGCAACCGGCGGUGGCGGCGGCGACGGAGAGAUAACCCCCCGCCACACCUACCUACUACUGCUAGUACAAUUCCUACUGCUUAUUAGUAGUUGAUUCUUGUCCUUGGUCAUUUCCUGGAAUAAGUUUAUCUAAGAAGCAACUCCUACCUUCCUACCUACUCCAACCUAGAUAGAAGUACUCCUACAUAGAAGCAACUCCUUUGACUGUUUGUGUCAGCAUGUGUGUUGUAGCUUGCAUGGGAAUGACUUCAUGCAGCUUGAUUAGUAUUGUCUCAAACCUCGAAGCUAGUAGUAUGACUUGAGUAUUGUUGUACUCUACUCUUGUCUUGUCGUCAGUUAAUUGUUCAUUUCUUGGCUAAACAAGAAGUCUCUCUUGUGUCAUCCAUCA